GUAAUUACUAGCUGAAUCCAAGCUGUCUUCUUGAGCAACAGCACAGCAAGUUCCGUGUCCCAGAUAAUGAAUUCCACACCUGCUCACGCCUAUGAGUGUCAUUUAUUGACCAAAACUUAGCUAGAAAACCAACAACAAUUUCUUUCAUUACGCCUCUUCCUCCAAAUGUUCUUCCGAAAGCCAUCACCAACUCCGCCACUCCACUCUCUAUCAUCUCUACCCUCCACAGCAAUUAGCUUCUCAAAAACUAAAGACCCCCACAACAACAAAUUAAGGUACACCAUAUUUUCAUGUCUCUUCCUUGCUUCAUGGCUCCUUAUUCUCCACCGCUUCAACUUCACAAUAUUAGCACCCUCCACCACCACAACCACACCCACAUGCGACGGAUCAAAACCGUUAUUCUACAUCUACAACCUUCCCUCGCGCUUCAACCUAGGACUCCUCGAACGUUGUCAAAGCCUCAACAUAUACACCAACAUGUGCCCUCAUGUCGCUAACAACGGCCUUGGCCAACCACUCUCCACCCCAGAUUGGUACUCCACGCACCAAUUCAUAGCCGAGAUGAUCGUGCACGCGCGCCUGGAGAACCACCCGUGCCGCACGUGGGAUCCCUACACGGCUGUUUUGUUCUACGUGCCCUUCUACGGCGGCCUCUACGCCUCCAGUGUGUUCCGCGAGGCCAAUCUUACGCUCCGCGACUCCUUGGCCGUUGAUCUUGUUGACUUUCUGCAAAGUCAACCCUGGUGGAAGAGGCACUAUGGUAAGGACCAUUUCGUUGCCCUGGGUCGAACCGCGUGGGAUUUCAUGCGCACAGAAGGUGGGUCCGACUUCGGAGCAAACAUCUUCCUUAACCUCCCACCUGUCCUCAACAUGUCGGUGCUAACAGUCGAACGACAACCCUGGCGAGGCCACAACCAGUUCGCCAUCCCCUACCCCUCCUACUUCCACCCCAAAACCCUAGCCCAAACGCUGACGUGGCAGUCCCAUCUCCGCCGACGCGCCAGGCCCCACCUCUUCUCCUUCGUCGGUGGCACGCGCCCGGGGUUACAAAAGGCAAAAGUCCGCGACCACAUCGUCUCGCAGUGCCAAGCCUCAAAACGUUGCGUUUUGGUCCGGUGCGCGAGUGGAGACAGCAAAUGCCACAACCCCAUGAACGUGCUCGAGGUGAUGGAAAAAUCCACCUUCUGCCUCCAGGCGCCGGGGGAUUCCUUCACGCGCCGGUCGACGUUUGAUUCCGUACUGGCGGGGUGUAUUCCCGUAUUUUUUUCAGAGCAUACGGCGUAUACGCAAUAUAAGUGGUAUUUUCCUAGGGAGAGGGAUACGUAUUCGGUGUUCAUUGAUGAGAGGGAAGUGAUUGAAGGAAAGGAGAAGAUGAUGAUUGAGGAGGUACUGUUGGGAUUUGGGGAGAAAGAGGUUGAGAGAAUGCGUGAGGUGCUCAUUGGGCUAAUCCCCACCCUCACCUACGCCCACCCCAACGCCACUGCCGCCUUUCCGGAUGUUGUCGAUGUCAUGCUGCGCCGCCUCUCUCGCCGAUACCUGUGGUAGCUUAUGCAGAAUAAGCGCAAGUAAAUGCUCUUUGAAGUUUCAACCUGCAACGUUCAGCCAAAGAGUUGCGUAUGAAUUGAGCGACAGCAUGUGGUCCAUAUGAUAUCCCCGUCUAUUUCUUUGACAUAUGGUAGUCAUACAAAAACAACGAAGGAGGGAGUGGGACAUGUUUGACUGAAAAAUUGUGAUUUUCAGUAUUAUGAAAAUGCCAGUUUAGGGGCAAUAUUUUGAUGCAGUAUCAUAUUUGUCACCUGGUAUAUGUACUCUUUGACAUUCCACCAUUUAUAUAUUGUAUCGAGUUGGUUCUGAUUUA